UUCCAAAAAAACUUUUUAAAGAUGGUGGCUCAGCUGAGGCUUAAAGGAUGGCCUCCUCAGAUCUGGAACAAUUAUGCUCUCAUAUUAAUGAAAAGAUUAGCAAUAUUAAAAGAACUCUGUCACUAAGAAACUGUGGUCAGGAACCUGCCUUGAGGACUAUGUUAGAUAAAAUAGGAGAUGAGAUCAUUGUAGUAAAUGAACUUCUAAAUAAAUUGGAAUUGGAGAUUGAGUAUCAAGAACAAACCAACCAUUCACUCAAGGAACUCUGUGAAUCCCUUGAAGAGGAUUAUAAAGACGUGGAGCAUCUCAAAGAAAACAUUCCUCCCCAUUUGCCUCAAGUAACAGCAAGCCAGAACUUUGCUAAUGUCUCAGAUCUUGACCCUGAGGAACCAGUCAAAGUUGAGGAAACCGCAGCCACAAAGAAGCCCCCAAAAGAACAAAGAAGUAUAAAAGAAAUGCCGUUUAUAACUUCUGAUGAAUUUAAUGGCAUUCCAGCGUACAUGAAAUCUCGCUUAACCUAUUGUCAAAUUAAUGAUGUUAUUAAAGAAAUCAACAAGGCAGUGGUUAGUAAAUACAAGAUCCUACAUCAACCAAAAAAGUCCAUGAGUUCCGUGGCCAGAAAUCUCUACCACAGAUUUAUUGACGAAGAAACAAAAGAUACCAAAGGUCAUUAUUUCAUAGUGGAAGCUGACAUAAAGGAGUUCACAGCUUUGAAAGCUGACAAGCGGUUUCACGUGAUACUGAAUAUCUUACGACACUGCCGGAGGCUCUCAGAGGUCCGCGGGGGAGGCCUUACCCGAUAUGUCAUAACUUGAAGCCUGUGUGAUCUUUUGAACUGGCCAAAUAUGGGGUGUAGGCCACUCCCGUGGUUUCCUUAUAUGUAAUUUCUUUAUAAAUGAUUUCUUUGGCUUUUUCAUUUUCUUUUCUAGCUUCCUAUAAAAACAAAAAUUUUUAGGAGGUAAAGCAUAUAUAUUUUAAAAUUCACUUUCUUUCAGAACGUAUUUAACCCCCUACCAGAUGAACCUCUGUGCUAGGCAUAUAAUGGAACUAAAAAAUAUUCAUGGUUAAUUUUUGUGUUUAGUGACAGUGCUGUAGACCUCAAUAAGAUAGAUGCACAUGUGAUAAUGGAAGAAAAAGUUCAAGAAGAUAAGGUCAAAGGUACCCAGGCUUGCUUUCUCUUUUUCUUUUU